AUUUAAUGGAGUAGAAUACAAAGGUUAAUUAAGAAUAUGUAAGUUAUAUGUUUAUGAUUUAGUUUAAAAAAUUGAAGCUUAUUCAAAAGAAAAUGAAUGAUAUAAAAGCUGAUUAAAGUCCAAGUGUAAUAAAGUAUAUGAUAAGAAGAAAAAGUGCAGAAGAGAUAUAAACACCUUUACAUGAUGUUGAAUAUAAUCAAUAACCAAAGAAAAAGAAAUUAUUGUUUUUGAAAAGCUUUUAAAAAGUAGUAAUCGAUCCUAUAAUAAAAUUGGAUGAAAUAAAUGAAGAAAAAUGGACUAUAAUGUCCAACAAUUAUAAAUCAUUAAUUGAAAAAUCAAGAUAAAGUCUUUAAAAACACAGUUAAAUCUUUUAAGCUUCUAAACCAACUAAAGAACAUUAGAAGUUUUAGUUUCUAACUCGAAGAUAAUCAAUUGAAUUUCGACUUCGUGAAAUAGCUACUGCUCCGAGUAAUCAUAUAUCUGUAACUCCGAUAAAUAUAAAUACUAAUACUUAAUAUGUUGAUCCAAAUUAGAAUAGAUUCAAAAAAUAUUAUUAAAAAAUAGGAAUAGUGGCUGAUAAUCCAGUUCAAUUAAAAUUCAAAUAAUUGAUGUCAACUCCAAUUUUACCUUAUAAAAAAAAGGAAAAAAGUUAAUACUCUUGUAAUAAUUCAUAAUAAAAUUCAACUUCUCCUCCUAAAGCUAGAACUCUUCAUUUGAAACCAAAUCGUAAUUCAUAAUAUUUAUAGGAGAUUAAAGAAUUAUUUUCAGUUGCAUCAAAUUAUUAAGCACAUGUUAAAUAAGAUGAGAAAAUAUAAAUUCAUUAAACUAGUAAAUAAAUGGGAUAUAUAUAAGCAGAAUUCAAUAAAUUUCAUAAUAUGUUAACAACAGAUUUGGAAAAACUAGACUUUUAUGAAGAAUGA